UCCUCGGGCUCCGAGACAAGCUCCUCCGCAGCGGCUGCCGGGCUGGCGAGCUCUAGGUCCGGUGCACCCGGUAGCCUGGGUUCCAGGCCGCUAAUCCCAUCACAAGCACCUACAGGGCUCGCCUCUCCGUCGCGAGCGGAAGCGCAGGCAGCGCCGUCAGUUCCGGACGUGUAGACUGACUCUUCCGGCUCCGAUGUCGGUUUCUCGCGCGCGGGUGGUAGUGCCACGGGAAGCGUGACCACUAGCUGUCUCCGGGCCUUGUUGAACUGCGCCUUGCCGCGGCUGUCAUCCACCGGGGUCUUUGCAUUCCUGUGGUCCAGUUUCACGCUGAACUGCUUCUCGAUGGCCUCCAGGGCCGUGAUGUCCAGCAUCUGGCGGAAGCGCUCGUGACGCCGAGCCAGCGCAAGCGCGUCUGGGUGGAAGACCACGUCGUAGACCGUGUAGCGGGUGCCUCGGCCCCCCGCGUACUCGCGGCCGGGAGCCAGGCUAUAGGGCAGGGACCACUGGUUGCCAGUCGUCGUGCCCCCAUGACCGGGUCGGCUGCUGGGCGCGCCCACCAGUGCGUUGCUGCACACGUUCACGAAGCAGCGGUGCACCCCGUCGAGACUGGUGCGCAGCACGUAGCCCGGCUGCGGGUGUACGAACCGCACGUCUACUCCGCGUUCACGCUCUAGCGCUGUGAUCUCCUCCUCGUAGCGCCGCCGGUUCUCGGGGUCCGUGAGCUCCUCUGCGUACUCGGAGAACAUUCGCCGGAACUCAGGGUCCUGGAAGGCGGAGGUGAGCCGUUGGACCUCUUCUCCGCUCAGGUCCAAGUCCUCCAGCGGCGAAGAGGCUCCCGCCUUGGCCAUCCUGUCCCGUGGCUCCUGGCCCUCGGGCCAGGGGAGAUUUAUCCGAGACCAGGUACAUCAACCUAUUUGAUCCACCACUGAAAAGAUUCCUUCAAUUAUCACUACUUAUUUACAGUUUGGAAAUCAUGUCAAAGCUUUUCAGCAUCUGAGUCCACAGAAGAUAAAGGAACCAACUAUUUCAACUCAACCAACAGUGAGUGUCAACUGCAAGUCAAAGGCUAAGCCAGAAGCUUUCAAGGAAGACAGGGAGAACACAACCGCAGUCCCCGCUGCUGCGAAUCAUGCAGCCAGGCUCCCCGCGUCCAGGGACAUCGCAGGGCUCAGCACAUCCGGAGUGCAAUGGAUAAGCCUUGCCCUGGGAAAACCACGUUCGUGACCAUGGUAUCUCCUUGGCCAGGCAUGACCAGAAGUUCAGCCUAGAACAUUCCAACGGACCAUUAUGGACAUUUUUUAAAACCUCAGCACACCUACAGGACAUCUGGUUUUCAGCAGUACGAUGCCAAAACACAGUUCCUGCUUGCUGUUUCUGGGGGCACACUUACCUAUCUUCUACUGUCUUACUGGAUGGAUAAAAAACUUUGAAUGAAAAUCCGCUUCUUGGAAAAGACCCCUUUGGGAGAAAAAAAUUCCUUUGAACUUCUACUCAACCCCACAGAUAAACGAGGCAGGAAGACUGGAAAUCUUUCCCAUGAAAGCCAAGUUACCCUCUGUCAAUUGUUGUCUGGAAGCAGAUGGUUUUUCUCUGAUGAAUCAUCAGAAGGUCAACAGUAGUCUAAAGCUAUGUCAAGUUUACAUCAUCCCCCUCCUGUCUCAUCAUGUGGCCAUUUUAUCACCUCACAUCAUCAUAAGAAAGGCAGUAAACUUCCUUGAAAGACUUCUGUGCAAAACCAUGAUGAUACCAGAGCUACACGUCAAGGAAGACUGAUCUGGCGACAGUACGCAGUAAACUGCCAUAUUUGAGAGGACCACAUGGCAAGGAACUGAGGGUGGCCUUCAGCCAGCAGCCAGCAAGGACUGAGGCCUCCAGUCUAAUAGUUCUGGAGGAACUGAAUCUUGGCAGACGCUGAAUAAGCUUGGAAGCAAAUCUCGCCCAAAUGACAUCUGAGAUGAGAGACUGAGAGACCCUGAAGCUGAGGACCCAGCUAAGCCUACCUGAAUUCCCGACACACAGAAAACAUGAGACACAGCCUCAAUACUACGGACCAGAAGCCUAUUUAUCCAGUGAAUAAGAGACAGAAUUAGGUUGUACUGCCAAAACCACGCGAUCCCGAGUGGGAAGAAAUCAGCAGGUGGCAGGGUUCCGAAGCCAAGGCACCUCCCUCACAGCUCAGACCAGACCAAGCAUCCCUAACGGGCGACACCACCCAGGGCCCAGCUUGCCGUGCGGGCUGCGGGACGGCGCAGACGCACUCGUUCCGCCUUCCCACCAAUCUCGGCCCUCGACGCGUUCCGUUCGUGCGUGGAGGAGCCCGGCGGGAGGAGAGGCCGCUCCGUGGGCAGGGGCUGCGGCGCGCUCAGCGGCUGCACCGGGCGACCGCGCGGAUGGCGGACUCGCAGGCGUUCUGCGUGGCGGAGGAGCGCAGCGGCCACUGCGCCGUGGUGGACGGAAACUUCCUCUACGUGUGGGGGGGCUACGUGUCUAUUGAAGACAAUGAAGUAUAUUUGCCUAAUGAUGAAAUUUGGACCUAUGAUAUUGAUAGUGGGUUGUGGACCAUGCACCUCAUGGAAGGAGAGCUCCCUACCUCCAUGUCAGGAAGUUGUGGUGUUUGCAUUAAUGGAAGGCUGUACGUUUUUGGAGGAUACGAUGACAAAGGAUACAGCAAUCGACUUUAUUUUGUUAAUUUGCGAACAAGAGACGGAACCUACGUUUGGGAAAAAAUUACCAAUUUUGAAGGACAACCGCCCACACCACGUGAUAAACUUUCUUGCUGGGUGUAUAAAGACAGAUUAAUAUAUUUUGGUGGCUAUGGGUGUAGGAGACACAGUGAACUCCAGGACUGUUUUGAUGUUCAUGAUGCAUCUUGGGAAGAACAGAUAUUCUGGGGGUGGCACAAUGAUGUUCAUAUAUUUGAUACGAAGGCACGGAGUUGGUUUCAACCAGAAAUUAAGGACGGAGUUCCACCACAGCCGCGAGCCGCGCACUCAUGUGCAGUUCUUGGAAAUAAGGGCUAUAUCUUUGGCGGACGUGUUUUGCAAACUAGGAUGAAUGAUUUGCACUGUCUGAACUUAGAUACUUGGACUUGGUCUGGAAGGAUUCCUGUUAAUGGAGAAAACCCCAAACAUCGGUCAUGGCAUACUUUAACACCAAUAGCUGAUGAUAAACUUUUUCUAUUUGGUGGAUUAAGUGCAGACAAUAUUCCGUUAAGUGAUGGUUGGAUUUAUAAUGUCAUAACAAAUUGUUGGAAACAACUUACACACUUACCUAAAACAAGACCCAGGUUAUGGCAUACAGCCUGCUUGGGGAAAGAAAAUGAAAUAAUGGUAUUUGGUGGGAGCAAAGAUGAUUUACUUUCUUUGGAUACAGGCCACUGUAAUGAUCUACUGAUCUUUCAAACACAGCCUUAUUCACUACUCAGGUCAUGCCUUGACUGCAUUGGUAAAAAUGCUAUAAUUUUAGAAAGUCAAAUAUCCUUAUUACCUCCUAAACUUCUGCAACAAGUGCUCAAAACAGUAACAUUUUGGACUGCAGCUAAUCACCGAGAAGAACAAAGAACCCAAAAAGAAGAAACGGAAAAUAAGUAUCAAUGGAUCAGUAGCAAUUAAGUUGUCAUCAGUAUAUGUAAACAUUUUAAUCAGACUGUAUAUUUACCCCCCAGAUUGGAGGCUUUAUUUAGAAGAUAAAAUUUGAAACAAAAAUGCUAUGUUCAAGUGAUUGUAGGCCAUGGGAAAUAUGGGAAUAAGAUGUUAAUGGAAGAUUAAUUUAUAAUUAUAUUUGUAAACCAAUUUGCUAAUUCGCUGCAGGAAGAAAUCUACUCUCUGAAAGUCCAUCCAAUUGUAAGAGAUUGUAACUCACUGUGUGCUCUUCACUGGCAGGUUUAUAUGAAUUGGAGGAGAAUGAGAAAUUAGCCCAAGGACUUCAGAAAUCGCCCAACAUAAUAAUAGAUAAAAAUAUUAUACAUCAACUUUCAGAAAGAAUGGAUUUUCUCAAGCCGCUUAAAAAUUACCUAAAGCUUCUCAUUAAAUAACCCAGUUAUUUAAAAA